GGAAGCAUUCAGCGCAGCGCACGGCGGCGGAUGGUUCCCGGCAACUGGCUCUCGGCUUGGAGCUGCGGUGGGCAGGUAUGCAUGGCAUGGCAUGGCAUGGCAUAGCAUGGCACGGCACGGCACGGCACGGCACGGGCUCUCCGUCUCCUCGUCGGGGCUCUCAAGCGUCCCCCCGUUCCGCGGGCGGUCGCGGUUGUUUCAGUAUCGCGCUUCUUAGCCCGCAGAUUAACUAUAGAGCGAGGGGCGAUAGCUCAGCCCCGCCGGGAUGGCCGGCCCGAAGGUCCAUUCGGCCCCGUGCGCCCCCGUGCCCCCAGAGCGGGUGUUGCGCGGUGGGACAGCCCCGGCGACCUGUGCGGAAUUACGCAAUGGCACGCAGGACCUGUUCGGGUCGGUGCUUUCUGUUAGGGAUCCGUCGGGCUGAACGGCGUGUAGGCACUUGCGUUGGAUGAGUUCAUGUGUGGGACUCAUUCAGGCUUCAUCAGUCGGGAGGUUGCGUUGUCACUGCGUUGAGGUGCUGGUUUCUGUCGGGCAGGUACGCGCCAUGCUGGGGCUGCUGCUGCUCUGCCAGCUCCAGGUGACCGUGUCGGCGUUUCUUCACCGCGCACAGAGACCGAGUGGCUCGGAGCAGCCCGACGCCGCAUAUGUGUUCGCAUCAGCAAAGGAGGCCAAUUUAUUUAUUGGACGACAUCUUCUGAACAACAGAUUUGAUUUUGAAGCGUUCACACCUGAUAACCUGGAAAGAGAAUGUAUGGAAGAGCUGUGCAGCUAUGAGGAGGCCAGAGAAAUUUUUGAAGACCCUGAUAGAACGACACAGUUUUGGAGCGGCUAUUCAGCUACAGGUCCUAGGAUAAAAACAGGUGAUGAAACGCUACAACAAAUUAACAUUACAGGACUUCUCAUUGGUCCAAUUGCUGCUGGAGGAAUGUUAGCCAUAAUUGGACUGCUUAUCUUCUACUGCUGCAAAGAUAGAUGUAAAUCAAGGCAACCACCAGGGCAUUUGGAUCAUGGAAGAAGCAGAAGACAUAGUUCGACUUCCAUCUUCAGAAGGCACGAAGAACUUUCUUUAAAUCCACUUCCUCCCAGAACUGAUGAUUCAGGACUACCAACUUACGAGCAAGCAGUUACUUCAGGCAGCCAACAUGAUGCACCACCACCCCCCUACCCAGGGCCCCCAAAAUGGGUACGGGCAUUUAGAAAGUCUAUGUCGCUUCCUGCCCCUUAGCUACAGACCUCCUCCUAAAGGGAGGAGGGAUUACUGAAGUAUAACAAACUUUUAAAAAGUUCACUACCUUGCAUAUUGCAAGAUGGUUUACAAAAACGUGAAAGAUCGUUAGCACAACUAGGAGCAAAUCAAGAUCCCCUUUGGGAGAAGUGAACUGUUGCAAAAGCUGCAGAACUAUUCUUUGCAGAAGAUCAUUGUGAUAAGAAGAGAGCAUGUAUAAAGAGUAAGUCUUGUACUGCCCCUCUUGCACAUGCACUUUGAGCCACCCCAUCAUAUUAUUGAUGUUUUAUUAAUAGUUUCAUCUUGUUUCUUUAGGAGGAACAUUAUUUUAAUUGGUUUUGACAGUAACCAUUUUUUGGUGACUUAAUACUUUCAGUCAUCAUUAUAAGUCUACUGUGUUGUUUGACAUACUUUACUGCUGUGUGAAUUUUCUAUUCAUUCUAGUAAUAGAUUUGAGUAUGAAAAUCAUUUAAUGAGUUUAUCUUGCAAGCGUGAAUAUAUUACUACUUCUGGAUUACAAUGGUUUGUUUUAGACUUUGCUGGUAAACAUUACUUAAUUUGAUGUAUUUUUGUGAUUAUUAUUUUGGAUUAAAAAGAGUAAUUAAUUGCAUGGCACACUGCACACUCAACAAAAAUAUACUUUAAUCAAAGGCUUUUUUUGAUACUCCAGCUUGUUAUUUAGAGUAGAAUACUGAACGAGUACUGUGGGCCUUUGGAAGAGACAGGAAGAAUGACAAAUACAAAUUAAAUGAAAGUGACAGCAGCACUUUUAAAGAGAGGAAUUUCACAGGGCUCAUGAAAGUUCAGAUUCUUCAAUGAUUAAACUACAGAAAUAGUACAGAAACUGCACCUUCUGUAGAGUGUAACACUUCACAUGUAGUCAGUGAAUCUGCAGUUUAGAUCCUGAAGGUACUGAAAAUAUGCAUUGACUGACAUUCAAAUACUGGUUACAUGCAACACAACAAUUUACAAAGCACAUAUAUCAUUAAAAUAAGCAUAACUUAUUUUACUUACAUAGCUUACAUAACAUAACUUACCUCAUCUUAGAUAGGGAAAAAAUUCCCAAGCAGUUCACUGGGUUGCCUCUUUUCUAAAUGAGAUUCUGAAGAGAAAAUAUACAGUACUUCAUUUCUCUCAGAACAGGUUUAAACAUGUCACAGUACUUAAAUGCUCUUAGCCAUCACCGUGGCCCAUUUCCCAAAACAUCGUUUCCGUGUUGCCCUUUCGACAUCAUACAAGGUUACAUCAUGCAACCUCUUACAAAUGUGGACAGAUGAUUACUCACAGCAAAUAACUGAGGGUCUGAAAAGUAGUCUCCAACCCUGUCAACUUAAAAAUAAGUCACUUAACCUGUUUUAUGCAUCAGCGAAACAAGAGAGACUACUAUUUCAUUUCUCAAAUCCUCUGAUGAGCAACAUUAUAAACAUUACAUAUUUCAGUUUUUUUCAUGAGUAAGUGGGUGUGUGUGCACGUGUGAAUUCACUGGAAGAACGAAAACAAAGUACCACAUGGAAGUGUAUUUCCUCACUGCAGUUCAGGAAGACGUGAGUCAUGAAGCAUUUGACUCUGGUUCUAUCAAAGUCUACAGCAAGCAUUUUUAUUGGCUUCAACCGCUCUGGGAUUGGAGCCAAAAAUGUAAGAACCGAUCACUUCUGUUAAUAAAAAUGUAAUGUGCUACCACAUUACUUAAAAACAA